AUGGUUAGGAAAGGAGAGAAAACGCUUGGAAAACUCGCCCGGUGGCAGAAUCACAAGCACUUUAACAUCCGAUGCAGAUAUAACAACAUUACUCCAAACAGCCUGAAACUACGAACCUGUAUGAAAGGUGUUAAGACCAUGAAGAUUAUUCAUAAUGCCGAGAAGAAACUUCUUCAGGAACGAAUAAGACAAUGCAACUUUACGAUCAGAAAGUACGAGGAGAGCGUAAAAGAACUGAAAUCAAGUUUACAAUCCAAGGUGUCAACAGAGAUAAAUAAUCAAAUCUUAACUCUCUUCGAGAAAACACAUUCGUCGCACUUUGAGAUGGCAAAGAGCCGCCAGAGGCAAAAGUUUGACCGCCUACUGAUCAGUAAAGAAGAAAUUCGGUCACCGACGACAAACAUUGGAGAUACCAACAUUGAUCGGACAAAGUGGGUUAUGAAUCUCUCUGACCGCCCUCUUUCCGACAGUGAACGCUCGGUUCUCAUGAAAGGUCUGAAUUUUAGCGUAACUCCAUCAAAGAUUCCAGUUGAUGAGAUCGUGGCAGCCACUGAACUGGCCUGUAUUCAACUAAAAGAGAAAAGCCAAGCAGAGAGCCUGAGAUAUGAAGUAGUUAAAAUCGUAAGCAAGAGCAAACCCCCAAGACCAAACAUCAGCAGAGCUGAAAGGGAAGCCAUUAAGGCGCUGGCGAAAGACGAUUCAAUUGUAAUCUUACUAGCGGACAAAGGGCGCACUACGGUAAUCCUAAACAAACAAGAUUAUCACAACAAGGUGAAGGCUCUCCUAGACGAUACCAAUACGUAUGAAAAAUUAACAUCCGACCCAACCAGAGCCAUCAAAAACAAACUCAUUCAAACCUUGAAGGAGUGGCGCAAAGAAGAGAGAAUCCCUAAUUAUCUUUACAAUCAACUGUACCCCACAGCAGAGAAUAUCCCAAAGUUCUACGGGCUACCCAAUAUUCACAAGAAAGACGUACCGCUACGGCCAAUAGUUUCGAGCAUUGGUAGCGUGAUGUACGACACUGCCAAGUUCCUUGCUAAGGUUAUGAAACCUCUUGUUGGCCUCAACAGUCAUCACAUCGUUAACAGUGAAGACUUUGUCAACAAGAUUGCAGAACUUGAAGUACCCCCUGGACAGAAACUCGUUUCAUACGAUGUUUCCUCACUGUUUACCAGCAUUCCGAUCAAUGAAGCCAUUCCAGUUGUCAGAGCCAAACUGGGAAGUGACCAGAGCUUACCGGACAGAUGCCCGUUAGAUAUCGCCCAAUUAUCUGUUCUACUAGAGAUGUGCCUCGCGAGCACAUACUUUACAUUCCAGGGUGAAUUCUAUAAACAAAAGAAAGGAGCCGCAAUGGGGUCUCCAAUUUCCCCUGUAGUGGCCAAUCUCUACAUGGAACAGUUCGAGAGCAGAGCUCUGGACACCGCCCCCACCCCUCCAACUAUGUGGUAUCGAUAUGUUGAUGACACGAUGGCCAAGAUUCACGAAAACGCCGUCGAUUCCUUCUCAGAACAUCUAAACUCCAUUGACCAACACAUCCAGUUCACUUCGGAACAAGAAAAGGAUGGCAGGAUUCCUUUCCUUGAUACCUGUGUGAGUAUUAACCAAGAUGGUUCUACCAAGAUCUGCGUGUACCGCAAACCUACGCACACGGACCAGUACCUAAACUUCCAGUCAAACCAUCAUCUACAACACAAAAGAGCUGUGGUUAACACCCUGAUGUUGAGAGCGGUCGGAAAACGAGGACAGAACUAG